CUCAGUCGCUCGGGUCGCUCCCUCCCCGCCCCGUCCCAUCCCAUCCCGUCCUUGUCGCUUCCUUUCUCUUUUUCUUUUCUGGGUCUCCAGGCCAGGAGGAUGGAGGGGUGCGUCGGGGAGGAAUCCUUCCAAAUGUGGGAGCUCAAUCGCCGUCUGGAGGCCUACCUGGCCCGGGUGAAGGCCCUGGAGGAGCAGAACGAGGGGCUGAGCGUGGAGCUCGGGGGCCUGCGGGCGCGGGCCGGGGACGACGCCUCGUGGCGGGCGCGCGCCGACGACGAGCUGGCGGCGCUGCGGGCGCUGGUGGAGCAGCGCUGGCGCGAGAAGCACGCGGCCGAGCUGGAGCGCGACCGCCUGGCGGCCGAGCUGGAGGGCGUGGCGGGCCGCUGCGAGCGGCUGCGGACGGCCCGGGCGCGCACGGCCGACGAGGUGGCCCGCAGCCGGCGCCAGGCCGAGGCCGAGACGUGCGCCCGGGACUGGCUGGGGAGCCGCGCGGCCGCGCUGGAGCGCGAGCUGGACGCCCUGCGCGCCGCGCACGAGGAGGACCGCGCCGACCUCCACGCGCAGGCCGCCCGCGCGCCCCGCCGGAGCCCCGCGCCGCCGCCGCCGCCCUGCCGGAGCCCCGCGCCCGCCCCCGACCUGGACCAACUCGCCCGACGGCUGGGCGACGCCUGGCGCGGGGCGGUGCUCGGGUACCAGGAGCGCGUGGCGCACCUGGAGACGUCGUUGGCCCAGGCCCGAGAGAGGCUGGCGGGAGCCGUGCAGGGCGCCCGCGAGGGCCGGCUGGAGGUGCAGCAGCUCGGGGCCGAGCGCGACGGUCUCCGGGAGCGCAGGGCCGCCCUGGAACAGAGGUUGGAAAGCUGCUGGCAGGAGCGGCUGCAGGCCACCGAAAAGUUCCAGUUGGCUGUGGAGUCCCUGGAGCAGGAGAAGCAGGGCCUGCAGAGCCAGAUCGCCCAGGUCUUGGAAGGUCGGCAGCAGCUGGCACACCUCAAGAUGUCCCUCAGCCUGGAGGUGGCCACGUACAGGACCCUGCUGGAGGCUGAGAACUCCCGACUGCAGACACCCACGGGCUGCUCCCCGGCUCCCCUCGGCCUCCAGGACCCCAAGCUGCAGCUGCAUUUCCCUGGGACCCCAGAGGGCCGUCGCCUGGGACCAGCGCUCCCUGUCCUCAGCCCAACACCCCUCCCCUCUCCCUUGCCGGAUACCCUUGAGACCCCCAUGCCAGCCUUUCUGAAGAGCCAGGAGUUCCUCCAGGCCCAACCUCCCACCUUGGCCAGCACCCCCAUCUCACCCACACCUCAGGCUUCCUGUCCUGCUACCAAUGCAGAGCUCAAAGCUCAAGGUGCUUCUCUCUUCCUACCCCAGACACAGGGUGGUGGAAGGCAACCGGCUUUGGAGCCACCAUUAGCUGAGGCCGAGGUAGCUGUUUCUGACUGUGUCCUCCCAGAACUAAAGGAGUCCGGGGGUAAGCAGCCUGAGGCCAGUACAGGCCAGUUCCCUGAGGACCAAGCCUCCUUGGCCUCACCCCUCAACCCUGACCACCCUGCUUCAGAGGCUACAGAUGGAAUACCUGGUGGGCCUAAAAUGUCUAGCAUAUUCCAGGAGGAAAGUGAAGGCCGAGUCUUGGGACCAGUAGAGAAAGAAGCAGCCGUAGAGGUCAAAGUAGCAAAUAGCCCAGGGCAGGAAACAGGACAAACAGGGAGGCUGGAUGUGGAAGAAACCCAGGCCUCCCAGGGCCCUUUGGGAAAGGACAUCCGGAAGGCUGUGGCAGAAGAGAGUCAGGAGCCACCAGUGUGUCUGGAAACCCAGACCCAGGAGACAGUGGGGAAGACGAAUCACAAGUCUCCAAGCCCUUUAGAAAGCAAGAACGUGGAUAUACUAAGCAGUCUAGAAAAAGAAAAAGAACUGCCAAUGAUGUCUUCAGCAGGAAGGGGUGUGGAGGAGAGAGAGAGACCUACAAGCAGAGAAGCUCCUGAACUACCAGUGUCCAUGGGCAGAGACCACCCUCAAGCCUUACCGCUCUUAGGAAAGGACAACGAGCAGUUAUUGCUGUCUCCUGAGACAGUUUCAUUUCUGGGAAAGGAAAAUCAAGAAGCAGUGAGGUCAACAGAAGAGCCACCAGGAGCUCUGGAAAAGGAGAGCCAACAGCAGCCGAGAUCUCUAGAAGCAGAGGAUGAGGAGACAUGGAGAUCUCUACCAGAAGAGAAUCAGGAGUCCUUGACAGCUCUUGAAGAUGAGAACCAGGAGAUCUUUAGACCUCCAGAGAAUGAGAACCAGGAGCCACCAAAGUCUCUAGAAGAGGACCAGAGGACUGAGAGAACACCAGAAAGAGAGGAUCAAGACUCUCUGAGAUCUCCAGAAGAAGAGAUGAAUUUGGAGUCUCGAAGGUCUCUCAAAGAAGAGGGCCAGACAAUUGAGGGACCUUUAGGAAAAGAGGAUCAGGACUCCUGGAUGCCUCCACAAGAAGAUGAGAUGAUUGAGGGACUGCUAGAAAAAGACAAUUUGGAUUCCCUAAGGUCUCUCAAAGAAGACCAGAGGAUUGACAGACCACUGGAAAAAGAGGAUCAGGAGUCCCUCAGUUCUCCAGAAGAUGAGAUUGAGGGACUGUCAAAAAAAGAGAAUUUGGAAUCACUAAGAUCUCUUAAAGAAGAGGAACAGAGUUUUGAGAGACCACUGGAAAAGGAGAACCAACAGUCCUUGACAUCUGUAGAAGAGGGCCAGGCAAGUAAGAGAGCUCUAGAAGACAGCGAUAAGGACUCCCUGAGGUCUCUAGAGGAUGAGAUGAAUUUGGAGACUCUAAGGUCUCUCAAAGAAGAGAACGAGAUGAAUGAGAGAGCUCUAGAAGACAGUGAUAAGGACUCCCUGAGGUCUCUAGAAGAUGAGGCAUAUUUGGAAUCAUUAAGGCCUCUCAAAGAAGAGGGCCAGAAGAGUGAGAGACCUCUAGAAGACAGUGAUAAGGACUCCCUGAGGUCUCUAGAGGAUGAGAUGAAUUUGGAGACUCUAAGAUCUCUCAAAGAAGAGGGCCAGACGAGUGAGAGAGCUCUAGAAGACAGUGAUAAGAACUCCCUGAGGUCUCCAGAAGAAGAGAAUGAGAUGAUUGAGGGACUGCUACAGAGAGAGAAUUUGGAAUCAGUAAGAUCUCUUAAAGAAGAGGACCAGAAGAUUGAGAGACCACUGGAGAAGGAGUGCCAGGGGUCCCCGAAGUCUCUAGAAGAAGGCCAGAGGACAGUGAAACUGCUAGAACAUGAGACUCAGGAGUCACUGAGGUCUCUAGAUGAAGAGGACCAAGAGCUACGGGGAUCUCCGGAACAAGAUGCUCUGCAUCCACUGACGGCUGCCAAGGAAGAAGGCUGGGUAGCAUCAAGACCACUGCAAGAGUGGAAUUCAGAGCCGCUGAAGUCUCAUGGAAAGGACCAGGAGAUGAUUAAAUUGCUUGGAAAAGAGAAUCAAGAAGAGAGUGUAGAGGCAGUGGGGUCUUUAGAAACAGAAAACCUAGAGUCACUGAGAACUGGGGGAGAAGAGACCCUAGAACUAUCGAAAGGUCUAGAAGUUCGGGAGCCACUGUGCUCUCUCGAAGAAAUGCAUAAGGGGACAGUAAAGCCUCUAGAAGGUGAAAUUCAAGAACCACUGGGGUCUGGGACUGACAACCACGAGAUGCUGGGACCCCCAGGAAAGGAGACUCAAGACCUGAGAUCUCUGGACAAGUGGAACGUAGUGAUGGCACAAUCUCCAGAAAGGCCAGAGAAGGAGCAGGGUCAGGAUGUGGGGGUGGAAGAGGGGAGAGAGAGCCCAGAGUCACCGGGGUCUCCGGAAGAGGAGGGACAGGAGCCAUCUCACUAUGCAAAUCAGCUGAGGUGGGAUGGCCGAGAAGCGGGUCAGAACCCGCCCCUGGGGAGGGCUGGGGAAGGUGAGGACCAGGCCGAGCUGGACGAGGGGAGCAGACGGGGUGGGAAGGUGGAGGCAGUGCAGGAGGGAGAGCGGCGGCCAGAUGCCCUGGAGGAGGCCUGGAGCCUGGGGGACACUGAGUCCAAAGAGCAUGGGGUCCUAGCUGAGGAAGCCGGUGGGAUAGGGGAUGCUGAGGGGCAAACGAAGCAGGUGGAGACCCCAGGUCUCCAAACUGCCCAGGGAGCGCCAGAGGUGGUAAAGCCCCCGUUGGAAGAUGAAGAUGUAAUGAAAGGGGGUGACCAGUUCUCCUUAGAGGUCACCUUGAGGUCAGAUGUAGCUAGAGAUCAGUCUGUGCUAGGAACUGGGCUGAGAUUGGACCAGGAGGAGGUAGAGCUGAGGGAGCCAGGGCACCCAGCCAGAGGGGAAGUGAUGCAGCCCCCUCCAGAGGAAGAUUUGCAGGCAGAGAUUGCCAAGGGUGUGGAAGGGCCUGGAAGGGACCCAGAGGGGACAGGUGUCCCAGAGGCAGGACUCUCUGAACUGUCCAGGACCAGUGCUGACCCCCGGGAGCUUCCUAAGGGAUGGGAGGAGCCAAGGCCUGAAGCUCCCUGGGGAGCAGAGGAGCUUCGCUCAGUGGUCACCCCAGGCUAUGAGAGCAGUGAUGCCGCCCAGCCCAGGUCCCCAGGGUCAGAGGACAGGGAAGACGCACAUCUACUACCAGGACCCACAGGCCCCAGGCCCAUAGAACCCUGCUCAGCCACCCCAGUCCUGGAGUCGGCCCAGCCUCUGGCUGAGGGGGCUCAGGAGGCUGGCUGGGGCCUGGGAGGCAGAGCCGAAGCCCCGGGGAGGGUGGAGAGUGAGCAGAAGUUUGGUCCUGUGGCGAUCUCGGAGGGUGUCCAGGAGGAGGAGGAGAGCAGAGAAGAGAGUGAGGCCGAUGACCUGGGGGAGACGCUCCCUGACUCCACUCCCCUGGGCCUCUAUCUCAAAUCCCCUGUGUCCCCCAAGGGUGACCUGGCUGGGGACCAGAGGUCUCCCACUCAUGGGGAGGCUCAGAAGGAAGGCUGGGAUCCUGCCGUCCCGGCUUCCCAAGACCUCGGCACCCCACCCUCGGAAGAGGAGGAGGGGGAGGCGGAGGUGGAUCCUGCUUCUGGCCUCUUGGAGGAAUUUGAGGACUUGGAAAAUGAGUCCUCUCUUCCAGAGGUUCCCAGGGAGGUGGCAUCGCUGGGCCAGUUGCCCCCACAGUUGGAGCCUGCAGGCUGGGAUAGGGACGGGGAGUCUGAUGGGUUUGCUGACGAGGAAGAGAGUGGAGAAGAGGCAGAGGAAGAAGAUGAGGAGGCAGAGCCAAGAGGUCAGUGGUGGGGACCAAGACCUUCUGGGAGUAGUCUCCAGGCCCUGGGUAGCUCUCAGAGAGGGGACUUCCCGGAGCCUGAGGCAGUGGAGGUCAGUGGCCACUGGGAUGACGGAUUAAAGGACACCGCGGCCGACAUCUCUGUGGCUGCCCUGGGUGCCAGGACCCAGGACAGUGCAGGGCCUUCAGGCUCAGAGGACGAGUCUGACUCUGUGUCCUUGGACAGAGAGGAUCAAGUCCUUGACCCUUUGGAUACCCCCAUGGGGGCAGGGGACACCUGUGGUCUCAGUGGCCAGGGCCCCAACUUGGCAGAGUCAGGGUGUGUAAACGGGAGCGUGGUAAAUGGACUGGAGCAGGCAGAUGGUGUAGGGCAGGGUGUGACCCUGGGUGAGGACCUGGGCCAAGGGCUCCCCUCCCAGGACGAGGAGGGAGCUGUCCCCAAGACCCCUUGGGUAGGCUCUGCUGUGCAGCUGGGCCAGGCCCAGUUCCUGAAGUUCAGCCCCAGGGCAGCGGAUGGAGACUCCUGGUCCUCGGGGGAAGACUAGAAGAAGCCCCUCUGGCACCAAGGACCUAGUGGGGUCUGUCCUGCUGUGCUCGGGGCUAGCAGCCUUCAACUUUGAUAGCGUGGCCUCUGGUCUCCGUCCAGGAGAGGCCGGGGGUGGCAGGGUGUGGUUCUGAGCGGGCAGGUUCAGGCCCACCUGCUUGCACCUUCCCUGAGGCUAAGUCGGCUGAGCCCCUGUAGGACUGGGCCUCCCGCUCCGGCACCCCAUCUGCUGUGCAAGGCCCGGCCCGGCUCUGUCCUGAGGGAACAGCCCUGCUCACCUGCACCAGCGCCGUCUUGGCGGGUCUGGCCUGAGCUGUAUCUGUUUCUGACCCCAUCCCUGCUUGAAUAAAGUUGUAACCCACCUA